UGCAGUAGACACAGCAGAUUUAUUUUCUCUCCAGUCUUUCCCCACAGGCCAGCGAGCUUUAAGCCAAACUCUUCUCAAUUGUGAUCUGCAUGUAUCUAAUCAAAUGAUGUGGACUUGGACAUACUGUCUGUGUGUCAAUCUCCUGCUUCUCCUCCAAAGAGCAGGCUCUGAGAAGUUUGAGGUUCUUGGUCUGACUCGUGCCAUUGUUGCUGUGGCUGGUGAUGACAUCAUUCUGCCCUGUUACAUCAAACCCAACAUCAGCGUUGAGGACAUGAGAGUUGACUGGUUCAGAAUCAACCUCCCAGACACUCAGUCAAACAUUAGAGUCCAUCUCUACCAAGACGGCAGAGACAAAUACCAUGAUCAGAUCCUCUCCUACAGGGGAAGGACAUCGUUGUUUAAAGAGGAACUGAAGAAGGGCAACACCUCUUUGAAACUGACCAGGGUACAAGGCACUGAUGAUGGACGUUAUAAAUGUCUUGUUGAGUCUAAGACACAUUAUGAUGAUUCCACCAUUCAAGUCUACGUCAGAGCUAUAGGAUCCAAGCCAGAGGUUUCCAUUGAGGGACAGAAAGAAGGAGGGAUGGCUCUGCUGUGUGUAACUAAAGGCUGGUUCCCUGAGCCUGAGUUGGAGUGGCUGGACAGUGAAGGGGUCACUCUGUCUGCUGGACCGUCAGAGACAGACAGGGACUAUGAGGGAUUCUACGUAGUCAAACUAAAGACCACCGUAAAGGAGACUGACAUCAACCGCUUUACCUGCAGACUGAGACAGAGGCAGCAACAUGAGGUGAUUAAGAUGGAGACAGAGUUUCACAUCCCUAGCGAGCUGAUCCUUGUUCACACAGACACAUGGAAAGUGGCCCUUGCAGUGAUUGUCUCUCUGGGCAUUUUCCUUAUGGUCAUAUUAGCUUUCACCAUUUGGCGCUGGAUUGCUUUGUGCAAUGACUAUGAGAAAAAUCUCAUCACUAAGCUGAAGAUACUUGCUGAUCAGCUGGAUUUAGUAAACAUGAAGGGCUGUCCAGAACUUGAAACCAUCAGAAAACAUGCAGUGGAUGUGACUCUAGAUUCUGAUACAGCACAUCCCAGACUCAUCCUGUCUGAAGACAGGAAACAAGUUAGAUAUGGAGACAUAAAACAGAAUCUCCCUGAUAACCCAAAGAGGUUUGAUAUUGUUCCCUAUGUCCUGGGAAAGGAGGGUUUCUCCUCAGGGAGAUUCUACUACGAGGUGCAGGUGGAGGAGAAGAAUGGGUGGACUUUAGGAGUGGCCAGAGAGUCCAUCAACAGGAAGAAGUAUAUUUACCUGAAACCUGAGAAUGGAUGCUGGACUGUUUGGCUGAGGUAUGAAGAAUACAAGGCUUUCACUGACCCCUCUGUCGUCCUCUCCCUGAGAGAGAAGCCCCAGAAGGUGGGGGUGUUUGUGGAUUAUGAGAAGGGUCAGGUCUCAUUCUACAAUGUAGAGACCAGGUCUCAUAUCUACUCCUUCACUGGCUACACCUUCACUGAGAAACUCUAUCCAUUCUUUUAUUCUGGUGCUACUGGUAACUCAGCCCCACAGGUCAUCACUCCUGUAGGUGUCACUGACUAACUGUUUUAUAUCAAACAUUGAAAUACUGGUUGUGUGUGUGUGUGUGUGUGUGUGUGUGUGCGCAAGUGUGUGUGUGUGUGCAAGUGUGUGUGUGUGUGUGCAAGUGUGUGUGUUACUGUCAUGACUUUGCCCUGUUGGGUGGGGUUUAUGACCCCCCCAUAAAUACCUGUCCUCCUUUUCUCUCCACUCUACAGAAUGGACUUUUGGAAAGCCCUAUGUUACCACAGAGAAAGUAUGGUAAUAUCAAAAGGCAGGGGAAAGGAACAAUAGUUCCCUUUCUCAACCAGUUGAAAGUGUUCGUUGGUACUUAAACAAUAUGAUGUCAGAUCAGUUGUUGUCUGGGACAUUAUAUCUGAUGAUAGGAUUACAUAAAUUGUAUCUUGGAAAGUCUACACAUUCUAGUUAUCAGAUUCACAUGGAAUUAAAUAUGAAACUAUUUGUGAAAAUAUGAAAUGUAAUUUUAACUUCUAAAUGAGAGAAUUGUUUUCAUAAGUAAACUAUGCUCACUCAGUGGCCACGCCCAAGUGAACAGACAUUGGUUGAGAACUAUGAAACACGCCCUUCUCUCCCCCAGUACAAAAGUCAGUUGACGGAAGUUAACCUUAGUUCCCAAUGACGCGAGGACUGGUGUCCGUACGUUUAUAAGGGCUAAUUUCAAUAUGGAGGUGAUGAUCACCUCACUGAAAUGGUGUAUUUCGACUAGACCAGCAUACGCUGAUUAUGGCAACUUAGUAUGAACAUUGAACGAUUAUUUACAAGAGAAGUGAUACAUCCUAGACUUCGAGUUAUCAGCUGCAGCUGUAAACGUAUGUGGCCUAGGAAAGGACAGACAAUCUCCUAAGAACGACAGGGUACUUUAACGUACCCACUCUACAACCCUACGAGCAGAAAUAUUCUUCAAAGGACAAUGGCGAUCUCUGCUGGGCAAACCAGUCUUCCAUCUUCGACCCAUCUAUCGAAGGGCAGCUCAGAGUAAAUAUAUAUGUUGCAUUUUCCUUCUCCGAAUGGGCGGUUAUUAGAAUGCAUAAGAUUCUGUAUUUACGGUAGAAUAGCUUUUCAAGGUCCGAUAGAGACCCAAUCCCUUUGUCACUCCAUCUUCCCGCUCUUUCAUUCAAACCCAACCCCCUUCUUUUGUGUAACCAGCUGUCAUAUUGGGUUAGCCCACUAGGGUAUUUUCAUGACAUGAUUAGUAAUCGAUGUAUGAUCAAUCCUGUGUAUAUAUAUGUAAUUCUGUGUGAUUAUUUCGGUAUUUAUUAAAUAAAUAAUUACACC